AGAAAAGGAGAAAAAGAAGAAGGAAAAAGAAACCAGAAGCGAGGAGGAGCUGGGAAAAUUGAGAAGAAGAGAAUACGGAGGAGGAAAGCGAUUCCGGUUAUAAAAGUUGGUUUUUAAUUUUCCACCAAAAUUUCUUUCUUUUCCCCUUCCACCAUGAUUAAAUGGCCAUAGGGCCUCUGCUGCUUCAACAACAACACCACCACCAAUUCGUAUUCCUCCGCCAUACCUGCGGCGUCUCCCCUCUUUUCUUCUCCUCCGUCGCCAAUUCCUCUGCCUCUUGCCUCCUCCCGGUCGCCUUCCUGCGCCGAUUGGCAUCUUCUGCCUCCUCCACAACCGCCGCCGCUGCUGCUUCCGUCUUCUCUCCACGCAAGUCCAAACCUAACCACCAUCUGCAUCAACAGCGACCGAAGCAGAAACCGCAAUCCCAGCCGCUGCCUUCCCCACCGCCGCUGCUCUACCACCGGUUGAGGUCAUUAGCACCCACACCCGACACGCUGGCUCAGAAGAUCGGGAAAUCGAUUCGGCGCCCUGGUGCGCCUUCUAAGGCUAGGGUUUAUCCCGAUGUUAACGUUAUCCGGCCUAAGGAGUACUGGGACUAUGAGACGCUUACCGUUCUGUGGGGGGAACAAGAUGAUUACGAGGUGGUGAGGAAGGUUGGCAGAGGAAAAUACAGUGAGGUUUUUGAAGGUGUUCAUUGCACUGAUAAUGAAAAAUGUAUCAUUAAGAUACUUAAGCCUGUUAAGAAGAAGAAGAUCAAGAGGGAGAUAAAAAUCCUGCAGAAUCUAUGCGGAGGGCCUAACAUAGUGAAGUUGCUUGAUAUUGUUAGAGAUCAGCAAUCGAAGACACCAAGUCUUAUAUUUGAAUAUGUGAAUAACACUGAUUUCAAAGUACUUUAUCCAACACUUCAGGACUAUGAUAUUCGAUACUACAUCUACGAACUUUUGAAGGCACUUGAUUAUUGCCAUUCACAAGGUAUUAUGCAUCGUGAUGUCAAGCCCCACAAUGUAAUGAUUGAUCAUGAGCAGAGGAAACUCCGUCUCAUAGAUUGGGGCCUUGCAGAGUUCUAUCAUCCUGGGAAAGAAUACAAUGUUCGUGUUGCUUCAAGGUACUUCAAAGGCCCUGAGCUUCUUGUUGAUUUGCAAGACUAUGACUACUCUUUGGAUUUGUGGAGUCUUGGUUGUAUGUUUGCUGGAAUGAUAUUCCGUAAGGAGCCAUUCUUCUACGGUCAUGAUAAUUAUGAUCAACUGGUCAAAAUAGCAAAGGUAAGAGUGAAAGAAGAAGAAAAAAAAAAAAAAACAUAGCAUGGACAGCCUUUUAUUAUGUCCUGUUCGGUGGGUUUUGGUUGUGGGGAAAUAAGUUUUUUCCUUGGUGGCCAUUUACUCGGUUGAGCUGAAUCCCUGAGAGAAGCUGAGUGGUCUGUUACGGAAAUAUCAAAGGAUAAGUGAAUUGUUAACAGCUCCUUGUAAUGUCAUAAUAAGCUCCUUAUUGAAGGUAUUUUCCUCGUGCAACAGAUCCUGGGAACAGACGAACUGAAUGCAUAUUUGAGCAAGUACCGCAUAGAUAUUGAUCCACAUCUUUCUGCCCUUGUCGGGAGGCAUGGCCGGAAACCAUGGAUGAAAUUCAUCAACUCUGAGAACCAGCAUUUGGCAGUUCCUGAGGCAAUCGACUUUGUAGACAAAUUGUUGCGGUAUGACCACCAAGAGAGACCAACUGCAAAAGAAGCGAUGGCACAUCCGUAUUUCUACCCAAUUCGAAAUGCGGAAAGCAGUAGAAGUCGAUCUUAGGCUUCGUCGAUGUUUCCUCUUUCGCUGAGUAUGCAGUCGACAAAAUUUGGCCGGCAGCAUCAACUCGGUAUGAAGGGAGUCACAAAUGUAAUUUGGGCUUUUUCUUUUUCCCGACAAUGUGUUUUGUUUUCAUUGUUUGUGGCGUUGAGCUUUUACUACCCUUCUUUCCCCAGUUGUGAUUUCCCAACCCCCUUUCAAUUCUAAAUCUUUAACAUUUGUGUUUGGUUUGACUGACAACUCCAUUUCUCCUUGUCGUUUAGAUUUGAUUUUAGGUUUUCUUUCUGUUUUUUUUUUUUUUUUGUUUUAUGAAUGAACAUGGUUGUACUUGUGUACCACAAACCAUUUCGAAAUUAAUCAAAAUGUUUGAAGAGAGUGAAU